UUAUUGUUUCAUUAAAUUUUUCUUCUUCUUUCUUCAAAUCGCUUCACAAUGUCAAUAAAUAAUAUUGUAAAUACCUUUGAAAACGCUAAUAAGUUUCAAGAGCCAAAGUCCUUCUUUCAUGGACAUAAAGUUAUUAAUGAUCCUAUUCAUGGGCAUAUACUUUUAGAUAACUAUACAGUCGAGUUUAUCGAUACUUUACAAUUUCAGCGACUAAGAGACCUGAAGCAGUUGGGCGUACUCUAUUACGUAUUUCCCGGGGGAAGUCAUAAUAGAUUUGAGCAUUCAAUCGGUGUAUCCCACCUUGCUGGUACACUUGUAGAAAGAUUUGCAAGAGAGCAACCUGAAUUGGAGAUUACAAAUGAUGAAAUCAAGUGUGUUAAACUAGCAGGACUGUGUCAUGAUCUUGGCCAUGGCCCAUUCUCUCAUGUUUUUGAUAAUACAUUUAUGCCUUUAGCAAGGCCCGGUCAAAAGUGGACGCAUGAACAGGGAUCAGAGCGAAUGCUGGAAUACUUGAUUGAUGAUAAUCAUAUCGACAUUGAAAAAGAUGAAGUCAAUUUCAUAAAAGAAUUGAUUGCAGGCGAAACCCGAUCACAGAGUAAAUAUAGGGAGCGUCAGUUCUUGUUUGACAUUGUAGCAAACAAAAAGAAUAGCGUAGAUGUUGACAAGUUUGAUUACAUCGAAAGAGAUUCUUACAACUUAGGUCUUCGAAGUUCUUAUGAUGCCAAUAGAUUGCUUGUCUAUAGUCGAGUCAUUAAUAAUGAAAUAUGCUAUCAUCACAAAGAGGUCUACAACUUGUAUGAAAUGUUCCACACACGUUACAGUCUAUUUAAACAGAUUUACACUCAUCGAGUGGGAACAGCCAUAGAGCUAAUGAUUGUAGAUGCAUUUUUAGCAGCCAAUGACUACUUGAAAAUAGCUGACAUGGUCGAUAACCCAGAGGACUAUCUUUAUCUGACAGAUAACAUUGUACAUACUAUAGAGAGUUCAAAAUGUCCUGAGCUAGAAAAGGCGCGUGGAAUUAUAAAGAGAAUAAGAAAGAGAGAAUUGUACAAAUUUGUAGAUGAAUUUCUUGUGCCUCCCGAGUUAGAAGGCCAUUUAAACCAGAAUGUGAUUAAUGCACAAAAUAUUGUAAACUAUCAAUCCGACAAUGCAGGUUUAGUUGAAGACGAUGUCAUUGUACGCUUUACGAAGAUCAACUAUGCAAUGAACGAUAAUAAUCCUGUUGACUCUAUUCGGUUCUUCUCCAAGUUUAACGAAAAUGAAUCAUUUAAUAUCUCAAAGCAAAAAGUCUCUUAUAUGAUUCCGUCCAAGUUUCAAGACGUCAACAUAAGAGUAUUUACGCGAAACCCACAAAAGAUGCAGGCUGUUCAAAAGGCAUUCCGAAAGUGCCUUAAAGAAAUCACGAAUAUUCAAGAUUUGGAUCCAACAGUCCCAGUGUCUGAAGAAUAUCAGCGUUUAGCUUCGUUAAAGCGACAGCGCUUCAAUGGCAACUAGAAAUAAAGAAAACUCCAUAUACUUCAAUAUGAACAAUGUUCCUAAUUAAACGAACCACAAUCCAUUGUUUAAUUAGACGAGGAACACAUGGC